GCGUUUCCCUGCGCGCGCGGCUGGUCGGCCCGCGGCAGCCCUGCGCGGUUCCGGCGUCGGGGCCCGGCAUGGCGGGGGCCGGGACCGGACCGGGCCGGGCCGGACCCGGACCUAAAUGACUCUACUCUUCUCCGCGCUGCUGGUCUUGUUGCUGGUUGCGCUUAGCGCCCUCUUUCUAGGCCGGUGGCUGGUGGUCCGAUUGGCCACAAGGUGGUGUCAGAGGAAGCUGCAGGCGGAGCUAAAGAUCGGCUCCUUCCGCUUUUUUUGGAUCCAGAAUGUCAGUCUUAAGUUUCAGCAGCACCAGCAAACAGUGGAAAUUGAUAACCUGUGGAUUUCCAGUAAGCUGCUUAGCCAUGAUCUGCCACACUAUGUGGCGUUGUGCUUUGGAGAAGUGCGAAUCAGAACAGACCUACAGAAGGUUUCUGGCCUGUCUGCCCCAUUCUCGCAGAGGACUGGGGUGGAUCAAGAGGAGAUGUCAUUCAGCCCAUCCUUACUAAAGAUCUUCUGCCAACUAUUCUCCAUUCAUGUAGAUGCUAUAAACAUCAUGGUUCUCAAGGUGGCUACCUCUGAGUCUUUGUGGCAUAUUCAGAUCAGUAGAAGCAAAUUUCUGUUGGACAGUGAUGGGAAAAGAUUAAUUUGCGAAGUGAGCUUAUCUAAGAUCAACAGCAAAGUUCUGAAGAGUGGUCAGCUGGAGGAUACCUGCCUAGUGGAGCUCUCACUGGCCUUGGACCUAUGUCUGAAGGUGGGUAUCAGCAGUCGGCAUCUGAAAGCGAUCUCCGUGGAUGUGUGGACACUGCAUGCCGAACUGCAUGAAGGCCUCUUCCAUAGUCAGCUGCUGUGCCAGGGGUCCAGUGUGUCAUCCAAGCCUGUUCUCAGUUCAGAGGUGACAGAGAACUUGGCUGAGCCAACUCUACCUGGCCUAUACCUGCUCCAGCAGCUUCCAGAUCAGGUCAAGGUGAAGAUGGAAAACACAAGUGUGGUGCUGUCCAUGAAUAGUCAAAAGAGGCACCUGACUUGGACACUGAAGCUGCUGCAUUUCCUAUACCACCGAGAUGAGGAUCAGCUGCCACUUCGAAGCUUCACAUCCAACUCUGAUAUGGCACAGAUGAGCACUGAACUACUGCUGGAAGAUGGACUGUUGCUAUCACAGAGUCGCCAGCGUAUCGUCUGCCUCAACUCCCUCAAGGCUAGUGUGCAGGUGACCACCAUAGACCUCUCAGCCUCCCUGAUUCUGAAUACUUGUAUCAUUCACUACCGGCACCGGGAGUUCUCUCACUGGCUGCACAUGCUUGCACUGGAGACCCAAGGGUCCAGUUUACCUGUUCAGAAGCAAAGGAAAGAAAGAACCUUUCCCCAAAUCCUGGCUCCCAUCAUCUUUAGCACUUCCAUCUCCAAUGUCAACAUUUCCAUUCAACUUGGAGAUACGCCACCUUUUGCCUUGGGAUUCAAUUCCAUCUCUCUGGAUUACCAGCACCUCAGACCACAGAGCAUCCAUCAGCGGGGCGUCCUAACUGUGGACCAUCUCUGCUGGCGUGUGGGCAGUGACUCCCACAUUCAGCGGGCACCACACCCACCUAAUAUGCAUGUUUGGGGCGAGGCGCUUGUCCUGGACUCCUUCACAUUGCAGGGUAGCUAUAAUCAGCCUCUGGGCCUGUCCAGCACCCAGUCAGAUACCCUCUUUCUGGACUGUACUAUUCGAGGACUUCAGGUAGAAACAUCCGAUACCUGUGCCCAAUGUCUAUCUCGUAUCUUAUCCUUGAUGAGUCCGCAGUCUGGGAAGUCAGCUGUCUCUAAGGAAUCUUCAUUUGGGGAAUCCGUGUCAUUACUAUGGAAGGUGGACUUGAAGGUGGAAGACAUGAACUUGUUCACUCUUUCUGCUUUGGUUGGUGCUUCAGAGGUGCGACUGGACACGCUGACAGUCCUGGGCAGUGCCGAGACCUCCACCGUGGGGAUUCAAGGGCUUGUGCUUGCACUGGUGAAGUCGGUUACAGAGAAGAUGCAGCCCUGCUGCAAAGCCCCGAACAUCCCCACUCCAGUGCUCAGCCUCUCCAUGCUCUCUCUCACCUAUCACAGCAGCGUCCGUUCUCUAGAGGUUCAGUGUGGUGCUGGGCUGACCUUACUCUGGAGCCCCCCAGAUCACAUGUAUCUGUACCAGCAUGGCCUGGCUGCCCUGCAGUGCAGAGACCUACUAAGAACCACUCUGUUUCCCGAGACUGUUCCAUCCCUUGCACUAGAGGCUCCAGAGACCACUUCAGAGCCAGAAGACCAUCCGCCAGAGCCAUUGCCUCCAAAGAGGCUGCUAAACCUGACACUGGAAGUGAGCACAGCCAAGCUGACUGCUUUUGUUGCUGAGGACAAGUUCAUUACCCUGGCUGCAGAGAGUGUGUCAAUGAGCCGCCACGGAGGUUCAUUGCAGGCUUACUGCCCAGAACUGGCUGCUGGCUUUGAUGGCAAUAGCAUCUUCAACUUCAAGGAGGUGGAAGUACAGCUGCUACCUGAACUGGAGGAGAUGAUCCUCCACCGGAACCCCUUUCCUGCACUGCAGACCCUUCGCAACCGUGUUUGGCUCCUUUCCCUUGGCUCAGUUUCAGUGGAGUUUCCUUAUCAGUACGACUUCUCUCGAACUCUAGAUGAGGCCGUGGGAGUUCAGAAAUGGCUGAAGGGGCUACAUCGGGGGACUCGUGCUUGGACUUCUCCAGGCCCUGCCCCGCUCCCACCUGAUCUACUCUUAAAGGUUCAGCACUUCUCUUGGGUUUUCCUGGAUGACAUCUUUGAGGUGAAACUUCAUGACAACUAUGAACUAAUGAAGGAUGAAAGUAAGGAGAGUGCAAAGAGGCUGCAACUGCUGGAUGCCAAAGUGGCUGCCCUUCGGAAGCAGCAUGGAGAGUUACUGCCAGCCCGCAAAAUCGAGGAGCUCUAUGCCUCUUUGGAACGCAAAAACAUUGAAAUUUACAUUCAGCGCUCCCGUCGUCUCUAUGGCAACACACCCAUGCGCCGGGCGUUGCUCACUUGGAGCCUGGCAGGGCUAGAAGUGGUGGCUCUGGCAGAUGCCUCCUUCCACGGGCCUGAGCAUGUGAUAGAGCAGGUUCGAGAGCUUGAUCCAGGCAGCCCUUUUCCUGCUGAAGGAAUUGAUCUUGUCAUCCAGUGGUGUCGUAUGCUCAAGUGUAAUGUCAAGACCUUUCUGGUUCGGAUCAGAGACUAUCCUCGGUACCUGUUUGAGAUCCGUGAUUGGCGGCUGAUGGGUCGACUUGUGGGCACCGAGCAGAGUGGUCAGCCAUGCUCCCGUCGGCGUCAAAUCCUGCGCUUGGGGCUUCCAUGGGGUAACGUGGCAGUAGAGAGGAACAUGCCCCCCCUCAAGUUCUACCAUGACUUCCGCUCGGAAAUCUUCCAGUACACCGUGGUGUGGGGCCCUUGCUGGGAUCCAGCCUGGACACUGAUUGGCCAGUGUGUGGACCUCUUGACCAAGCCCUCGGCUGAUCCCAGCCCACCUUUGCCCUGGUGGGACAAGAGCCGUCUUCUCUUACAUGGGGACUGGCACAUGGACAUUGAACAAGCGAACUUGCACCAGCUGGCUACUGAGGAUCCAUAUAACACAACUGAAAAUAUGCACUGGGAAUGGAACCAUCUGUCUUUUCAUUGGAAACCUGGUCAGUUUAUGUUCAAGGGUGACCUGGAUAUCAACGUGAGAACAGCUUCUAAGUAUGACGACUGCUGCUUCCUUCACCUGCCUGACCUCUGCAUGACACUGGACCUGCAGUGGCUGUGCCAUGGGAACCCUCAUGAUCACCACAGUGUCACUCUGAGGGCCCCAGAGUUCCUGCCUGAAGUGCCCUUGGGCCAGCUCCAUGACUCCUACCGGGCCUUCCGCUCUGAGAACCUCAAUCUCUCCAUCAAGAUGGAUCUGACUCGGCACAGCGGGACGAUAUCUCAGCCCCGGAUUCUGCUAUACAGUAGCACCCUGCGCUGGAUGCAAAACUUCUGGGCAACCUGGACUAGUGUCACAAGGCCUAUCUGCAGGGGAAAGCUCUUCAGUAACCUGAAACCCAGCAAGAAGAAACUUGGCCAGCACUACAAGCAGCUUUCCUACACUGCAAUCUUUCCCCAACUUCAGGUACAUUAUUGGGCCUCAUUUGCCCAGCAGCGGGGCAUCCAGAUUGAAUGCAGUCAGGGCCAUGUCUUCACUCGGGGGACUCAGCGCCUUAUACCUCAAGCGGGCACAGUGAUGCGGCGUCUUAUCUCUGAGUGGAGUGUGACCCAGAUGGUGAGUGACUUAAGUCAGGUGACUGUUCACCUAAUGGCCUCGCCCACUGAAGAGAAUGCUGAUCACUGCCUUGAUCCCUUGGUAACAAAGACCCACCUGCUGAGCCUGUCCUCCCUCACCUACCAACGUCACAGCAAUCGCACGGCUGAAGAGGAGCUUUCUACUCGAGAUGGUGAUCCUGCCUUUCAUACACACCAGCUUUACUUGGUAGAUUUGCGGAUUUCCUGGACAACCACCAACCGGGACAUUGCCUUUGGCCUAUAUGAUGGCUACAAAAAGGCAGCUGUACUGAAGCGUAAUCUCUCUACUGAGGCCUUGAAGGGGUUAAAGAUUGAUCCUCAGAUAUCAGCCAAGAAGCCAAAAAGGGGAGGCCUGACUAGUGCCCCAGCUGCACCUCGUGUCAACACUCCUGGCUUCAGUGGGCGUCCUGAUAAGGGGUCAUCAGGAGGUGCCUACAUGUUGCAGAAGCUAAUUGAAGAGACAGAUAGAUUUGUAGUAUUCACAGAAGAGGAGUCAGGUAUGAGUGACCAGUUGUGUGGCAUUGCCGCUUGCCAGACGGAUGACAUUUACAACCGCAACUGCCUUAUUGAGCUGGUCAAUUGCCAGAUGGUUCUUCGAGGAGCAGAGACAGAAGGUUGUGUCAUUGUGUCAGCUGCCAAAGCCCAACUGCUGCAGUGCCAACACCAUCCAGCCUGGUAUGGUGACACAUUGAAGCAAAAGACAUCGUGGACUUGCCUGUUGGAUGGCAUGCAGUACUUUGCCACCACUGAAAGCAGCCCCUCCGAACAAGAUGGCCGACAGCUCUGGCUAGAGGUAAAGAAUAUUGAGGAGCACCGGCAACGUAGUCUGGACUCUGUGCAGGAGCUUAUGGAGAGUGGGCAGGCAGUGGGAGGCAUGGUUACCACAACCACAGAUUGGAAUCAGCCAGCUGAAGCCCAGCAAGCCCAGCAAGUCCAGCGGAUCAUCUCACGUUGCAAUUGCCGAAUGUAUUAUAUUAGUUACAGCCAUGACAUUGAUCCUGAGCUAGCAACCCAGAUUAAGCCACCUGAGGUUCAUGAGAACCAGGAAAAGGAAGAUCUCCUAAAGAAGCAGGAAGGGGCUGUGGAUACCUUUACUCUCAUUCACCAUGAGCUAGAAAUCUCUACCAACCCAGCUCAGUAUGCCAUGAUCCUGGACAUCGUCAACAACCUGCUACUCCAUGUAGAACCCAAGCGGAAGGAGCACAGUGAGAAGAAGCAGCGUGUCAGAUUCCAGCUUGAGAUUUCUAGCAAUCCUGAGGAGCAGCGCAGCAGCAUAUUGCACCUGCAGGAGGCUGUGCGGCAGCGUGUGGCCCAGAUACGGCAACUGGAGAAGCAGAUGUAUUCUAUCAUGAAGUCUUUGCAGGAUGACAGCAAGAAUGAGAACCUGCUUGACCUGAACCAAAAACUUCAGUUGCAGCUAAACCAGGAGAAGGCCACACUGCAGCUGGAAAGUGAAGAGCUCAAUAUCCUCAUCAGGUGUUUCAAGGAUUUUCAGCUACAGCGAGCUAACAAGAUGGAGCUGCGAAAGCAACAAGAAGAUGUGAGUGUGGUCCGUCGCACUGAGUUUUACUUUGCUCAGGCUCGAUGGCGCCUGACAGAGGAAGAUGGACAGCUGGGGAUUGCUGAACUGGAGCUGCAAAGGUUCCUCUAUAGCAAGGUGAAUAAAUCUGAUGACACCGCAGAACAUCUCUUGGAGUUGGGCUGGUUCACUAUGAACAACCUCCUCCCCAAUGCUGUCUACAAGGCAAUUCUGCGGCCCCAAAGCUCCUGCCAGUCUGGGCGACAGCUAGCACUUCGCCUCUUCAGCAAAGUCCGGCCGCCAGUUGGGGGUAUCUCUGUUAAGGAGCAUUUUGAGGUAAAUGUGGUGCCUCUCACCAUCCAGCUGACACACCAGUUCUUCCAUAGAAUGAUGGGCUUUUUCUUUCCUGGCCGAAGUGUGGAAGAUGAUGAAGUUGGAGAUGAAGAAGAUAAAUCCAAACUGGUGACGACUGGCAUACCAGUGGUGAAACCUCGGCAGCUGAUUGCCACAGAUGAUUCAGUACCACUGGGCCCUGGGAAGGGUGUGGCGCAGGGCUUGACUCGGAGUUCUGGGGUCAGAAGGUCAUUUCGCAAAUCACCUGAGCACCCUGUGGAUGAUAUUGACAAGAUGAAAGAGCGAGCUGCCAUGAACAACUCCUUCAUCUACAUAAAGAUUCCACAGGUUCCACUGUGUGUCAGCUACAAGGGUGAGAAAAACAGUGUGGAUUGGGGUGACCUAAACCUGGUGCUGCCCUGUCUGGAAUACCACAACAACACAUGGACAUGGCUAGACUUUGCUAUGGCUGUCAAAAGGGAUAGCCGCAAAGCCCUGGUUGCCCAGAUUUUAUCCCUUGUAGCCAAAGGUUCCUUUGGAACUGUCCUGAAGGUGCUAGAUUGUACGCAGAAAGCUGUAUUUGCUGUGAAGGUGGUACCCAAGGUAAAAGUCCUACAGAGGAACACCGUGAGGCAAUGUAAAGAAGAGGUUAGCAUCCAGCAACAGAUCAGCCAUCCUUUUUUACACAGCUUGGGGGAUAGCUGGCAAGGAAAACGGCACCUCUUCAUUAUGUGUAGCUACUGCAGCACAGAUCUGUACUCCCUUUGGUCUGCUGUUGGCUGCUUUCCUGAGGCUUCCAUCCGUCUUUUUGCUGCCGAGCUGAUCCUGGUGCUGUGCUAUCUCCAUGACUUGGGCAUCAUCCAUCGAGAUGUGAAGAUGGAAAAUAUCCUUCUGGAUGAACGAGGCCAUCUGAAACUGACAGACUUUGGUCUGUCCCGCCGCCUACCCCAGGGAGCCCGAGCCUAUACUAUUUGUGGCACUCUUCAAUACAUGGCCCCAGAGGUCCUGAGUGGAGGGCCUUACAACCAUGCUGCUGAUUGGUGGUCCUUGGGUGUCUUGCUUUUCUCUCUGGCAACUGGAAAGUUCCCAGUGGCUGCAGGUAGAGAUCAUGUGGCCAUGUUGGCAAAUGUGACCCACUGUGACUCUGAGAUCCCAGCUUCUCUUAACCAGGAGCUCUCACUCCUGCUUCAUGAGCUCUUAUGCCAGAAUCCCCUCCACCGUCUGCGUUAUCUACAUCACUUCCAAGUCCACCCUUUCUUUCGGGGUAUGGCCUUUGACCCAGAGCUCCUACAGAAGCAGCCAGUGAAUUUUAUCAUGGAGACACAAGCUACCCAACGUAGUCCAUUGGAGUCUAUGCCAUUCAAGGACUUUGACUGUGAUCUGGAGUCCUUCCUGGUCCACCUCAACCAUGCUUGAGCCUCUACCCGUGCUUGAACUGCUACUAGAUUGGAACGAGCUGAGAACCUGAGGAUCUCCUCCACUGUAUGACCACUUUGAAAAUCCAGUUUAGCACCUUACCAUUUUAUUCUUCCAAGCGUUGGAGCAGAGUUCAUAUUCUAAGUCAUUCUGCUUUUGGUAUAGCCACAACUGGUUCUAGCUCUUCCUCAACAUACGCCCACCUCUCAGUUCAGAUCAAGGUGGUGAUCUUUUCCUUUGCUUUACUUCUCCUUACUCUUAUCCUCAAGCUGAAGCUGAAGGUAGCUUCUACUUUUCCCUCUCCUUCUGUCUUUGCCAUGGGUCCCAAGGUACUAUCUAUGUGUUUAAUAGGCUUACUGGAAACAAUAUGAAUGUUUUUCAAGGAUCUCAAAAGCUGGCAUUUCAACCGCUAAGUAUGCAGCUAACAAAUGUGAUAUGGGAUCUUGAGACCAGUCUGUAAUAAAUGUAAUUUUUAUGAAUUGGAAAGUGAAUCUAAUAGCCUAAUGUGAGGAAGAAAACAGAAACAAAAAAAGGAAAAUAUGGAUGGGUUAAAUGUGUUAUCUAGGGGUGAUUGGAACAGCUAUCCAAAUCUUUGCUAAAACUAAACCUCCUUGAAAGACAUAGGAUUGGGGCCAACGCUGUGGCGUGUGGGUGAAGCUGCUGCCUGCAGUACUGGCAUCCCAUAUAGGCACUGGUUUGAGUGUGGGCUGCUCCACUUCCAAUACAGCUGUCUGCUGUGGCCUGGGAAAAUGAAAGAUGCCCCAAUUCCUUGGGCCCCUGCAACUGCGUGGGAGACCAGGAAAAAGACCCAGGCUUCUGGCUUUCGGAUCACCUCAGCUCAGCUCAGCUCCAGCCGUUGCAGCCAACUGGGGAGUGAACAAGCAAAUGGAAGACCUCUCUCUGCCUCUGCCUCUGCAACAAAUAAAUAAAUCUUUAAAAAAAAAAA